AUGACGGACAUUCAUGUUUGCACCAUCCCUGACGAGGUCAAGGCAGCGCUCCGAAAGUUUCGCUUUCGCAAGGCCAAGAACUGCGCCGCCAUCAUCAUGAAAAUCGACGUCAAGUCCAUGGAGGUCGAGAUUGAGGAUGAGAUGGAAGAUUGCACCAUCGCUGAAGUGGCCGAAGAGCUCCCCGAGUUCAACCCUCGCUUCGUCGCCUACAGCUACUGCCAUGAUCAUGGCGAUGGACGCAUCUCCUACCCGCUCUGCUUCAUCUACUACUGCCCCAGUGGCGUCAAGCCUGAGACAAACAUGAUCUAUGCUGGCUCGAAACCCUCGGUCCUUGCUGCCACUGAUAUUACCAAGGUCUUUGAGAUGCGCGAUGCCGAAGACAUGACCGAGGAGUGGCUGAAGACCAAGCUUGGCUUUUUCGGCUAA